AUGUCCCAGCCCAGGAGUACCUACGAUGCCAGAUAUGACCACGAGAGGCAGGCCCUGCAUGGCUUGUCCCGUUCCUUCUCCGGUCCUGGAUCACCGAGAUACCGCGAAUCCGAACACAUGCGUCCCGAGUCGAGAUCUGACGUUGGGUUGAGCAGCAAGUGGUCGAUGCAUCAUGACGCUGGAAAGCACGAGUACGCUCUGGUAUCCAGAGAGAACCAGCCUCCACUACGGGCUUCCCAUGACAGGAUGUCCUAUCAGUAUUCCAGCAACAAAGACUCUGGCUCUUCCUACCGAGAUCAGCGCUCCCCUUCUGGACCUGGUCUCUUGCAGGCAUCGGCGUCUGCCAGCACAACGAACUCAGAAGGAAUCCCAUCUAAAGAUGGUCUCGGGCCAAAGAUAUGGACAGGAAGCCACUUUCUCCCACGAUUCGUUCGUGCCGCCGAAGUGCCGGGUGAAGGGAUGUGUUAUUUCUACGAUGAUGGAAGUCACUGCAAGACGGUCAUUGAUGGCGAGGCAGUCAACGCUCACUGGGGUGUGACAAAGGCAGGAAAGCCAAGAAAGAGACUGGCGAUUGCGUGUGUGACCUGCAGGGAAAAGAAAAUCAAGUGCGACCCGGACUAUCCUCGCUGCGUCCAAUGCGAGAAAUUCGGCAGGAUCUGCAAGUUCAAGAACGCACCGCGAGGUGGCCACAACACCUCCCCAUCCACGCCCCCUGCUGAACCAGAGGACUUGAGACGUCUGGGAGGCUCGGCCAACUCAAACGACAUGCACCGUCCUGGCAGCAACUCCAGCGCGUCUGUUUCUCCUCGAACCACGUACCGUCAGCCCAGCCCAGAACCCUCAAUGCCUCACAAGAGGAUGCGCCUUGGUUUCGACUCGUACCCCUCGAUGCCGAGCGACUCUUCCGCCUUGAUGAGCCGGACGCCAGAGACGGCAAAGGUCAACGCCUGGCAACACCGCCAGCCAAUUGAGCUCCCUCGGAUCCAUGAGGAUGUGCUUCACCGAGCAUGGCAAUCAGACCCGUAUGUUUCCGACCCGCAGUCAGUUAGCACCGUAAUCUCCUCCUUCUUCGUACACACGGACAGCACCAUGGUCCUUUGUUUCUUGCCCGAGAUGCCGUUUAAAACCUGGUUGACUGGUAAUGCUCACACAAAGUCUCCAGAAGACCUGAUGCUCACCUAUAGCAUCCUCGCCGUCGGAGUCACCUUGUCAGGUGGACCAAGAACAAUCGCCUCCGAAUACGCUCAGGUCGCACGGUACGCGCAGCAACAGCUUACACCCAGCCUUCAGCUUGCGCAAUCUCGACUACUCCUGGCGGUCUAUUACAUAUCUACGUCUAGAGCCAGUGAAGCAAACGAUUUGAUCAGUGCGGCCAUCUCGAUAGCCAUCUUUCUCCAGCUAAACCUAGAACUCGACAAAUCGAUCGACGCUCGCCAGAAAACUUAUCCAUACGGCUUGGAUAGAGAAGGCUUUGCUGAGAGCCGGAGGCGAACAUACUGGGCAUGUUUUGUGCUCGAGCGACUCAACGGCAUGUUCCCCGAUCGGCUUGGUAGUUUGCAUCCUUUAGACAUAUUCAUCCGGUUACCAUGCGAAUCGGAAGUCUUUCAAAGUCAACAGGCUUCUCAGGCACCCUUCUUCCCGACGCUCGCUUCAAGCUCGUCCAAAAUGGUGGAUCAACGUUUAGCCUUAACGGCUUAUCUCAUCCAACUAGUGGCCGUCUGGGGAGACAUCAUGUCUAGUGUCUACAGGAAUGAACAUGGUCUGCCCUCGGAUGGAGAGUCAGCAGUAUUUGUUGAGAGCUCCGUCAGGAGACUACUCGGCUGGCGUAAGUCGCUUCCUGGACAGUUUACCUACAGCCCAAGCAAUCUGGACCUCGCUGCUCAGGAUGGAACACUCAGCACAUUCCUUACGAUUCAUCUUUUGUUCCACCACGGUCUCGUAAAGAUCCACCGGCACUCGUACGCCUCGGGCCGAAUAACGGCAGCAACCCGGAUGCAAUACCUCUCGAGGAUCCAAGAGGAAGCUAAACAAGUCCUGGAGAUCACGGGCAUGUUGGAAGCACUACUUCAAGCUCGGCGAGCCCCACUGAGCGCGCCUCCUCCGUUCAUGAGCCAUGCGGUACUGGAGGCUGCCGAUGUUCUCACUGCCGAGGGUUCAUUAUCAGAACUUCCUGUACUUUUGGACCAACUGGCUAUUGCAAGCGCUAUAGUCGAAUCUGCAAGUAUGGUUUGGGAUGAGGCACGCAUCCACUGGGCCGCACUGGAACAUCGACAGGAGGCUCUGCGCCUUCUGCGAGAUGUUCAGCCCGGAGCAUCGUCACCCGUUGGUGGCAAAGUGCUCGUCAACGAAAAUGGGGGCAAAUGUUGGCAAAUGGAGGAUCCAAUGGCCACGACGUAUUGGCCUACCGUCGACAUUGUAUACACGCGGUGUUAA